UCGACUGUGUGGGACGGACAGACAGUGAUUCAUUUCACCUCAAAUCAAAUCAACUCAACACAACCAAACUCUUUCUGCUUCUCUUCCGUUCCCCAUUUCUUCUUCACUUGGGUUUGGUUAGUUCCCUCAAAUUAAUACAACCCUAAAGAAGAGAAGAGAAGAGAGUUCCCUAAAAAAUGGUAUCGGCUCAGUCUCAGGUUGUAAAUACAUAUCCGUUGUCAAGCUACACUUUCGGUACUAAGGAGCCCAAGAUGGAGAAGGAUACCUCCGUUGCUGACCGUCUCGCCCGCAUGAAACUCAAUUACAUGAAAGAAGGAAUGAGGACCAGUGUCGAAGGAAUUUUACUGGUACAAGAACACAAUCAUCCUCAUAUUCUUCUUCUGCAAAUUGGGAACACAUUUUGCAAACUCCCAGGUGGCCGUCUCAAGCCCGGGGAGAAUGAAGUUGAAGGCUUGAAGAGAAAGUUGACUAGCAAGCUUGGGGCUAAUUCAGCUGCUCUUGUGCCUGACUGGCAGAUAGGUGAAUGUGUUGCAAUCUGGUGGAGGCCAAAUUUUGAAACCAUAAUGUAUCCCUACUGUCCUCCUCAUAUAACAAAACCCAAGGAGUGCAAGAAGCUUUUCCUCGUUCACUUGUCUGAGAGGGAAUAUUUUGCUGUACCUAAAAACUUGAAACUGCUUGCUGUUCCAUUGUUUGAACUCUAUGACAAUGUUCAGAGAUAUGGGCCAGUUAUAUCCACCAUUCCUCAGCAACUUUCCAGAUUCCAGUUUAAAAUGAUCACUAACUGACCGUAAUUGGAAGCUUAGCUGCUGAUAGAAUACUACUUCCAUUUGUCAUUUUAAGAGCUAGGACUGAUUUGAUGCAUGAUUAUCAUUUUGCAUAGACUUGUUAGAGAACUGAAUUUUGAAGUGUGUUUCUAAAUAGAUUUGUAAUUCGUGACACUGUUUGUCUGUAUUAAUUCAUCCCAAGAUUGGAAACAACUUGUAAUAUAUUUGCGGUUAUCAACCAAGAUGGGAAACAACCAGUAGGCUAUAGACCAGAAAAAGCCAAAGUUGAAAUCGAAAUGACGGUCAUGGUCUGUUUUGCCGCCCUGCUCAAGUUGCUAAUAUCAGAAUAGGAAGGCAAAGGAAUGUGGCAAUAUUGGUUUUUCAUUGCAAAUUUUUCGGAGGAUUAAUCAUGAAAGGAAUUGAGAGGCUAAAAUCAUACUAGUACAUUGGAAACACAACAUAACCCUCAUGUGACAAAAUGUACAAAUCAAAUGUAAGACCCAAAGUUGAGAUGUAAGACACUUCGGAAGCUGUUGCUAGUACAAAUACAUUGUAUGAUUCCUUGUAUCGACAGUUUUAUGUGUAGUGGCGCAUACACCAUUCACUUUUAA